GCCGUCGGGAACUCACCAGAUCUAUCGCUGUCGCAGUCACUGAAAGCGGAGGAGUUUUCGUUCAUACUGAGAUCUCCGAAGCUUCGACCCAUGUAGCUGUAAUUCGAUUGAACCUCCGUUUCCAUUGCCGGAGAAGUAGCUCUACUUCUUCCACCGGAGGUUCAGGUUGUUUCAAUUCGAAUUAAUCCAGCGAAAUAAAUCAGCCGGGAAGGAAAUGGUAAAACAAUAUCAGCUUAUAAGCUCUUAUGGACGGGAGAGAGAGUCUCCUGCGCAGCCGGUUGGAAAGGAAGAGGAAGGUGAAGAAAUAGUGUAAGAGGGAAAGAGGGAUAGACAAAGCACCUGGAUUAGAUCAUUUGGGGAGGAAGGACACGUGCGCGCCCAUACCCGAACCCCAACCGGAUAGCACGUGGGAAGAAUUGUACAUAAAGGAGACCCAUGCGACAAUACAAAGUAGAAGAGUAAUUUCUCUCCUUUUCAUCAUUAUUCAUCCCUAUAUUAUGGCAUCAGAGACAGUGAUUUAGCUCGUACCUACGACCUUGGUGAUUGACGACAAUGGUGAACCCACAAACGACGGCUGGGCAAAAGGAUGAACGCCGGAGAAUCAAUGACGUUUCCUCGCCAUAGUAUUUGUAUAACUUAGAUAUACAAGGGGUUGAUAUUUGUGGUAUCACGCUUCGGGUAGAAGAAAACUACCUUGAAUGGUCUAUGGCUAUGCAGAAUGCUUUUCAAGCGAAAAAUUAUUUGAGAUUUCUUGAAGGAUCAAUCAAGAUUCUUUAAGAUAGAGAUGGGAUUGAAGAUUAGUAUACCAUAAACUUGGUGCUAGUGGGAUGGCUGACCACCUCAAUUGAUUCGAUGCUUCAGCCAACUAUGGCCUACAUGGAUUCAGCCCGAGAUUUGUGGGAGGAAUUGAAACUGUGGUUCAAAUCCACCAAUGGGAUGCAGUUCCAUUAAAUGUAGCAAGCCUUACAAAAAUGAAAACAAGCGGACGAAAGUGUGACUGCUUACUUUGGGCGUUUGAAGAUCAUAUGGGAUGAUUAUGAUGGAUAUAAAAAGAAAAUCUCAAAAUGCACCUGUGUUGGGUGUUCUUGUAACAUUGAAAAUAGUUUUUGGAAAAUGUAGAAAAUGAGAAGAUGCAUGAGUUUCUCCUUGUAUUGGAUGGUGCUAUAUAUGGGAGUCUACGAUCAAAAAUUCUGAGUAGGACAGAGCUUGCAACACUCAGUGUGGUCACAAAGAAGGUCACACAAGCACAUGACGUGAGGGGUGAAACUGUUGUGUAUUUGCUGCAAGAUCAGGAUGACAAUGGACUCCAUCACUUGCAAAAGACAAAUGGAAGUUGUUUUGUUGCUAUUGCAAGAAGGAGGGGCAUGAACGAGAUCUGUGCUUUAAGCUUACUGAACAGUAACUAAUUUGGAGGGAAGGACAUAUAACUGGAUAAGGAAAAAGAGCGGAUUGGGGGCUCUCGCGGGGAGAAUUUUUGCAGGGGGUUGGUGCACAAGAAAAUGCAGUGGACGGAUAUGCCUUGGAGGAAAUUAAAGCAUUGCCUGAAUCCACAUAGUUUCCUACCCUUCGGACAUAACACUGGAACUCUUUUUUGUUCAUGAAAAAAUUCCAAACAAAUGAUGGUGUUGAAAAAUUUGCAGGACCUCACUUUGAAGAUGCUGAUUGGAGUAGGUGAACAUUGUGCUGGGGUCUAUUAUUUGUGUGGAGCUUAAUGUGUGCAAGCUUCGCAUAUGGUUGGUAGCACAUGAGAUUUAUGACAUCGAAGAAUGGGUCAUCCCUCAUCCUGGGUGAUACAAUUGCUUUCUGUUAGUCAAAAUAAAGGUAUCAUAUGCUGGUUUAUUUGGAAGACAUAUAGUGGGCUGAUUUGGGGCUCUCUAACAGGGAUUCCUACUGCGGAGAAUACAAUUUGGCAGAUCAAACUAUACACUCAAAACUGGGUUCUUAGUAUGUCUAAUAUGAAGCUUCGCACCAUAGACAAGAUUUUGUAUGAAGAAAGGCUUAUUCCUGAAGGUUAUCAUCUUGCUCAAAGGAUCUUAAAACCUAUUCGCUGGAUCAAACCUAAGAAUGGGUUAAAAUUAAAUAUUGACGCUGCUUUCAUACCUGGUAGAGCUUCCGGUGGAGCUAUUCUGAGAAAUGAACGAGGUAAGAUGCUCAGAGCUAUCUCGUUUCCCGUCGCUGCAGACUCGAGUCUUGAGGCUGAAUGGAAGGCGCUGAUUCAAG